GAAGCACCAAAUAUUAUCUUUAAAUUGUAAAAUGGUAAGAGAGUUAGCCACCCCUCACAUCCCCCACAAAACAAAAGAAAAUAUUCUGAAUUUCAUGUAUUGUCUCAGACAUUUUUUAAGUGCCCAGUCAUCAUCAAAUAGCACCUUGAUAUGGUCAAUGUUUCUGGGCGACAACCCCUUGCUCCCCCUCUGGCACCCCAACCCCACCUCCCCCUCUGGCACCCCUCCCUCCCCUUUGACACCCCCAAAAUUUGAAAAAAUUAUGAUUGUUUUUCAAUGUUUUUAUUGACUAAUACACUUUAAAAGUGCCCAGAAGCACCAAAUAUUAUCUUUAAAUUGUAAAAUUGUAAGAGAGUUAGCCACCCCUCACAUCCCCCACAAAACAAAAGAAAAUAUUCUGAAUUUCAUGUAUUGUCUCAGACAUUUUUUAAGUGCCCAGACAUCAUCAAAUAGCACCUUGAUAUGGUCAAAGUUUCUGGGCGACAACCCCUUGCUCCCCCUCUGGCACCCCAACCCCACCUCCCCCUCUGGCACCCUUUCCUCCCCUUUGACACCCCCAAAAUUUGGCACCUCACCCCACUUCACCCUCUCAUCCUUUUUGACACCCCCAAAAGAAUUUGAAAAAAAAUUCAUAUUUUUCUUAUUGACUCAUCAUACACUCAAACUCCCUUGCAGUGAUAUAUACCGAGACACUGCAUGGGAGUUCGUCAUACACUUUGAAAGUGCCCAGAAUGCGCCAAAUAGCAUCUCAAAACUGUAAAAUUUUCAAGGGGGAGUGGACCACUCCUCACACCCCCCCCCCACAAAACAAUUGGAACGUUUUGAAGUUGCAUUUGUUAAUUCCAAACCGAUAUAGGGAGUACCGACCCCCCCCCCCCCCCCCCUCUGACUUACGUGAUUUGGUUUACGCGGCAAAAAAAUUGACAAUUUUAUAUUCUCUUUAGUAAAAACCGCACCCCCCUUGGAGAAAAGUGUCUUACGGGCCUGA